UUCCAAGUUCCAUUCCAUCACGAACUAAGUAAUAAUUAAGACUCUUCUACAAUUUCCACACACAAACACAUAUAUAAAUAAUAUUAUUUCUAAUUAAAUUAAUUAUUAGCUAUAUAUAUUUUAAGUACUUAAUUGGUGUUAAUAAUAAUUAUUACUAUAAAUAUAAUUAUGGCAAGAAUAUUAGAGCCUCUUGUGGUUGGAAGAGUGAUAGGAGAUGUUCUAGAGUCUUUCAGUCCAUCCAUAAAAAUGUCUGUCUCUUAUAACAAGAAGCAAGUCUGUAAUGGACAUGAGCUCUUUCCUUCAGUUGUCAUCUCCAAACCUAGGGUUGAGAUUCAAGGAGCUGAUAUGAGAUCCUUCUUCACACUGGUCAUGACAGAUCCAGAUGUUCCUGGCCCAAGUGAUCCUUACUUAAGGGAGCACCUUCACUGGAUUGUGACAGACAUACCAGGCACCACAGACGCUACAUUUGGAAGGGAAGUGGUGAGCUAUGAGAGCCCAAAGCCAAAUAUAGGAAUUCACAGGUUCGUAUUUGUUCUGUUCAAACAGAAAUGCCGAGACUCGGUGAGUAUACCAAGCUCAAAGGAUCAUUUCAACACAAAAAGCUUCGCUGCUCAAAACGACCUCGGUCUUCCUGUCGCUGCCGUUUAUUUCAACGCUCAGAGAGAAACCGCAGCUAGAAGACGCUAGCUCUACCUACCUACCACUAAUAUAUAUAUAUAUAUAUAUAUAUUCUCAUCAUCAAUAAAAACACUCUACACCAUCAUCACCUAUUAUAUAUAAGCUUUUAAUCAUUAUAUUAUAAUUAGCGCGCUACCUCAAAAUAUAUUAAUAGGAAUAAAUUGAAAUUGGGGUUAAUUUGCUAGUAUCUAUAAUUAUCCUUUGUAUUAUGUGUAUGUUUUAAUAUGACAUAUGUUGUUA